UUAAGAACAGCUUUAAGCCAACAGAUUUAUAUCCCUUUCACCUGCAACACACAUCAAGAGAGAGAGAGAGAGAGAUGGGAGAGGUGAAGCACAUACUUUUGGCAAAGUUUAAGGAUGGACUGUCGGAACAACAGAUCCAUGAUCUCAUCAAAGGUUAUGCUAAUCUCGUCAAUCAUGUCGAGCCCAUGAAAUCUUUUCGAUGGGGCAAAGAUGUAAGCAUUGAGAAUCUGCACCAAGGCUUCACUCACGUGUUUGAGUCAACCUUUGAAACCACUGAAGGCAUUGCAACUUAUUUAGCACAUCCCGCCCAUGUCGAGUUUGCCACUGGCUUUUUGGCUCAACUUGAUAAAGUACUGGUCAUCGACUACAAACCUACAUCGGUGGAGCCAUGACCAUUCUUCUUCUUGCUGUUGUAAGAUAUGUUAUGUGUACGCUUAUGUUCAAUGAGUUUCUUUGUUUAAAGGAUAUGCAAACUGGAAGACUUAUAUUAGUCAUCUAGUCAAAAUAAUAAACUUAUUUCCUAUAACAAUAUCAAUAGUUUACGACUUUUAACCCA